AUGGCGACUCCAGUUUCCGUCGUCUGCGUGGGCAUGGCCGGCUCGGGAAAGACCACUUUCAUGCAACGCAUUAACUCCUACCUCCACUCAAAAGAACAAGUUCCCUAUGUCAUGAACCUCGACCCCGCGGUGCACUCGGUGCCCUUCGAGAGCAACAUUGAUAUCCGGGAUUCAAUCAACUACAAAGAAGUCAUGAAGCAAUACAACCUCGGGCCCAACGGUGGAAUCCUGACAUCCUUGAAUUUAUUCGCCACCAAGGUCGACCAGAUCAUUUCCCUGCUGGAGAAGCGUACCACUCCCAACCCGGAAAAACCCAAUGCAAAGCCGAUUGAACAUAUUUUGGUCGACACUCCGGGUCAAAUCGAAGUCUUCGUGUGGAGUGCUUCUGGAAGCAUUCUUUUGGAGACUCUUGCCUCGUCUUUCCCUACUGUUAUCGCAUAUGUCAUUGAUACCCCGCGCGCCAGCUCGACCAGCACCUUCAUGAGCAACAUGCUCUAUGCUUGUAGUAUUCUCUACAAGACCAAGCUCCCGAUGAUCUUAGUUUUCAACAAGACCGAUGUGAAGGAUGCUGAAUUCGCAAAGGAAUGGAUGACCGACUUUGAUAAAUUCCAAGCAGCUUUGCGGGAGGAGGAAGAAGCCGGUGCCUUUGGAGGCGAGGGGGGCGUUGGUGGAUUUGGAGCUGGAAGCGGAUACAUGGGUUCCUUGUUGAACAGCAUGAGCUUAAUGUUGGAGGAGUUCUACAGACAUCUGAGUGUGGUUGGUGUUAGCUCUAUGACCGGUGAUGGUGUUGAUGAGUUUUUCGAAGCCGUUGAGGUCAAACGACAAGAAUUCGAGCGUGACUACAAGCCCGAACUUGAGCGCAAGAAGAAGGAAAGAGAAGAAAGCAAGGAGUCUCAGCGUGAGGUGGAGCUGGGCAAGCUGAUGCAAGAUAUGAACGUCACUGGUUCUAGCCGUCGACCCAACCGGGAGCCAGAGACCGUCAGCGAGGCCGAAGACGACGAAGAUGAUAUCAUUAAGCGAGGACUUGCAGAUGGAGAGGACGACAGCGAGGAGGAGUAUGAGGGGCCCAGUGCUGGCAAUGACGAGGGCCUCUCGUCUCGUUACCAGGAAGCCCUCUCGGAAUCUCAGUCCGCUCCCCCUUCGGAUGCCGACAACAGCUUCGCAAGAUAUUUGCGGGCGAGUCAAAUCAACCAGCAAUAA